CUAGCAUAAAUCGACUGAACGCCACGCCAUUUUCUCUUCGCCGUUUUGUUAGUUCACCAGUGGCUGGAAUUCCUUCUGUGGAAUCUCUCAGACCCACCAGCCUUCACGCUGCCGAAUCAUGCCGCCGAAGUUCGACCCAAGUCAGGUGGUUGAUGUGUUUGUUCGUGUGACCGGAGGUGAGGUCGGAGCUGCUAGUUCUCUCGCUCCGAAGAUCGGUCCUCUUGGUCUUUCCCCUAAGAAGAUCGGAGAAGACAUUGCUAAAGAGACUGCUAAGGAAUGGAAAGGUCUCAGGGUUACUGUAAAGCUCACCGUCCAAAAUCGUCAGGCGAAGGUCUCCGUUGUGCCUUCUGCGGCGGCUUUGGUAAUUAAGGCCUUGAAGGAGCCGGAACGUGACAGGAAGAAGACUAAGAACAUCAAGCACAAUGGAAACAUUUCUCUUGAUGAUGUGAUUGAGAUUGCUAGGGUUAUGCGGCCCAGAUCGAUGGCUAAGGACCUCUCAGGUAGCGUCAAGGAGAUCCUUGGUACUUGCGUGUCUGUUGGUUGUACUGUUGAUGGCAAGGACCCUAAGGAUCUUCAACAGGAAAUUUCUGACGGCGACGUUGAAAUCCCCCAAGAUUGAGAGUAAAACUUUCUUUAGCCACCCUUUUAGAAUGAGGGGUAUUGAAUUUACUACUACAUCUUUGUUUUUUCAGUUUUGCUAUUUAACGUAAGUUUUAGGGCGGUUCUUCUCUCUUGUUUAUCUGUGAUUUUUGUCGGUUUUUUUAAAAGCUUGCAUUGGAUUAUUGCAAUGAAUAUCAAAGCCCCAUUUCUGUUCUAUCACUA